ACUGCUGCCUUACGUCAUAAGUGUUAGCAGUGUUGUUCUUUUCACCACAGAAUAUUCUACAUAUUCUUUUAUAGUCUGCAGUAGACCUCAUCAGCUGGGUUUUGACAAACCCAACUUUUUGUCCUCUCUUGGAAAAAAGUAACCUAAUUUAAAGGGAGUAAUUUAGAUUAGGAGCCAGAAAUACAAAGAGAGAGAUACAGUGGGAUCAUUUAUUUAUUCAGCUUUAGUUUGUCAAUGUUGGCUCUAAAUGAAGUAGAAAAUAGUCGUGUUUUGUUUUGGGGUUUUUUUUGUCUUGGACCCUCCAUGCACAGGUUAAUUUAACCGCCUUAAAACCAUGAGACCAGAUCAGAAAAGAGGAAGAACAGGGUGACGCUUUUAAUGGUGGGAAAAUAAAUAAUGCCCGGAAAUAUACAUAUUUUCUUGUUGUAUUUAUCUAGACCUGGACUAAACUUAAAUUGAAUUCCAGAUGUUUCCAAACUGAAUAGAAACUCUGACACAGUUAACUGGGUGUAGGACAGCCAGGCUACCCCAGUGGGAGUGGUUUAGCUCAGGAGGCAAAAACCUCAAAAGCCAAAUGGAAUUGUCACAUGAGUGACACACAGACUGGUAGAGACAAGUAUCUUUUUUAUUCAGCUUUAAUUGGUGAGCACAAUGUGGGCUCUAAAUGAAGAAGAAAACAUGGACACAUCCGACACUCCAUGGCAUUGGUAUUACCAGGCAGAUUGUGGGAGGUGGCACAGAUUUGAGGAUGAUCCCAGUAAUCGUGUAAGGAGCGAGGACAUAGAGAAAUUUUAUUUGAAUGACCAAUCCUUUAUGGUUGUAGAUGCCGGCAGCUGUGUGAGCAAAAUAGAUUUUUCAGUGAUGCUACAGACGGACCUUACCACAGGAAAACAAAGAAGAAUCCAACGCAACUUUAAUCUUGAGAAUAGGUGUUCCUGUUUCUGUGCUCCACCUGUUACCUGGGAACAUUUCAAUGCUACAGCUCCUUCCCAGCUGAUCCCACUGGAUAAACGCACCCCAGAGUAUCAGGACGUGGCUCAUUAUACGACAUAUAAUGGACUCCUCAAUAAGACCAUAGUAUCAAUAACAAGGAUACAAAACCUGGACCUCUGGGAAAUGUAUUGCAGAAAAAAGAAACAACUAAUGAGGCUUAAGGGUACCAACAGCAUUCAAGAAAGACAGCUUUUCCACGGCACUGACACUGAAAAUAUUGCCAGCAUUUGUACAAAUAACUUUGAUUUACGGUUGGCUGGACAGCAUGGCAAACUUUAUGGCAAAGGGAUAUAUUUUACCACUUGUGCAUUCUAUGCAAACACGUACAGUAGCAUCAACAGAGCUCCAACAAACGGUAAACUCACUAAAGUGAUCUUUCUUGCUCGGGUGAUGGUUGGGAAAUCGAAACUUGGAGAGUUUUAUUUCUGCAAACCAGAUCAUGGAAGUCUUGAAAAUUUUCAUGACAGCUGUGUGGAUGAUCUCGACGAUCCCAUGAUAUUCAUCAUAUUUGAUCCGAAUCAGAUAUAUCCAGAAUAUCUCAUUGAGUAUGAACUUUAAUCUGCUGAGGAGAGUUUUUACAGGAAAAGCUCCACACAUUUCAUUUGAAGUGCAGAUUUAAUAAUUUACA